GACGCCAUGUUAGCGUGAAAGUUUAAAUGUAUCGAUAUGAAUUCUUUAAAGAAAAUGAGGAACACUUGUUACAAUUUUUACAAGCAGCAAAAGUUAGAAACAAAAAAUAUUGUAAUUUAAUGGAGCACCAAACACUUAGUCAAUUCCUUCCUGUAGAUUUUAAUUUACAAGCUGACGAUUUGAAUCGUAAAGGCAAAUAUAAUGUUAUAGAUUUAACAAGCAGUGAUGAAGAAGAAUCGUUUGUUAGUAACUUUAAACAGGCACAAAUAAAUCUUUUAGAUGUGAAUACUAAUAUUAAAACUGUAAAUGACUUCACCGCAGAUGAUAUGUUACAUUUAAUCAAAGAACAUCUACAAACAGAGGAAAAGCUAUCAAUAUUACCUAUGAGUAGUGUAAUAUGCAAUCAACAGAAAAUUUUUAGUUUAUUAUCAAAAUUAGAAUUUGAGGAAGUUUUAAAUUUUGGUACAUCUUUAAUGUCACUAAAUAUUUGUAGUGACUCAAUUAUAUCUUAUUAUAUAAGAUAUUUAUUAUUGGAAAAGCUUAUAGAAUAUUCAGAUCAAUUGCAACAGUUGUUAAAUGACUUUAGCAUCAAAUUUUCAGAAAAUGUUCUGGAAGAACUGACACAAAGUCUAUUGCAGAAAGGAAGUUAUUCUAAAGUUUUUUUACAGUUUGUUGACGGCUUGAAUAUGGAUUUUAAAGAAAAACUAUUGAGAAAAACAGAAAAAGGAAGAAGAAUCAGGGCGCAGAAUAGCAAGACUAGUACCAGACUGAAUCAAGGAGUAGCGAGGUGUUGGCAGCAGACAUUAAGCAUUGGAAAGCGAAGAUAGUUAGCUGUUAAGACAAGAGGAAUAUAAAAGGAUUGCAGAACGAGAGUUGACUAGGUGGACAUAGACAAUAGAAGUUGUAAUUAGAAAAUUGGUUUUUACAUGUGAAAAGUUCCAGGACAACUAUUUUCCCGUUAUAGAAUUGUUAAUAGUCCCUCAAAUAGAAUUUGACACACUCAAUAGAUUAUUUGAAAUUCUGUCAAAUAGCGAAAAUAAUUUGAAUACAGAUAAAUCUUUUGGAAAAUUUUUAAUGAACCUAAUGAUACUAUUAGGAAAUAAUUUAUUAUCAUUUGAACAACCUCUGAAACAUUUAAUUGGAUCUCAUAGAUCUAUAUGGAAGGCAAAAUUGCAAAAAAAAAUCGAUGACUGUUUACAAGAAAAUUCCAUACUUUCACAGAGCAUCAGGAUUGGGUUCUGAGAAAAUAUGGACACUACAAUUGAGUUUCUCUGCAAACUUCAAAUUAUGAAUAAGUAUUGUAUAAAAACGUGGUAAAAAAUUUGUUAUUUUUUUAUGUAUAAAUAUAUCUAAUAAAUAAUUUAGGUAGAA